AUGAAGGGGCAGAAGUAGCAAAAAUGGAACAAGCCACCGCAAUCUCUCACGUUCUCAUCUUCCCACUGCCAGUUCAGGGUCACGUCACCUCCAUGCUCAAACUGGCCGAGCUCCUAUCCCUAGCCGGUGGCGGUGGCAUCCGAGUCACCUUCCUCAACUCCGACUACAACCACAAGCGUCUAAUCCAGUUCUCCGACGCCGAAUCCCGGUUCCGAAACUACCCAGCCUUCCAAUUCAAGACCAUCGACGAUGGUCUUCCGAUGGACCAGCUUACAAAGGGCCACAAGGUCUCUGAAUUGGUCGGAGCAAUGGGCUCGAAAACCAGACCGGUUUUCAAAGACUCGCUGGUUCAGAUGGAUCCACCGGUCACCUGCGUCAUCGGCGAUGGCGCUUUGGGGUUUAUCAGCGAAGUUUCCCUGGAACUUGGGAUCCCGAAUAUUCGAUUUCGCACAAUUAGCACUUGUUUCUUCUGGAUUAACUUCUGGCUGCCGGAAAUUAUCCAGGCCGGCGAACUCCCUAUCCAAGGCGAGGAAGAUAUGGACAGGAUGAUUACGAAGGUACCCGGAACGGAAUCUUUCUUACGGUGCCGAGAUCUACCGGCGUACUGUCGGGGACGUUCCGACGAACCGACUCUGCUUCGGAUCGUAAGGGCGAAGAGGGAAUCUUCGUCGCCGCCGUAUCCUCUCAUUCUCAACACAUUUGAUGAGUUGGACGGCCCAAUUCUUGCCCAAGUCCGCCACCGCUUCCCAAAAACCUACGCAAUUGGACCGCUCCACGAGCACCUGCGAUCACGGCUCCAUGCGACGUCGUAUUCGUCGCCAUCCAGCAGCCUGUGGAAGGAAGAAGCAAGCUGCCUGACGUGGCUGGAUACUCAGCCACCUGGCUCCGUACUGUACGUCAACUUCGGGAGCAUCACGAUGAUGAGAAGAGAUCAGGCGGUCGAGUUCUGGGAAGGUUUGAUCAACAGCAAGAACCGGUUUCUGUGGGUCAUAAGACCCGGUUCGGUUUGUUUCGAAGAGGAAAUGGGUUGUGACAAUAUGCCUGAAGAGCUUGUGGGAGGGGUUGAGAAGGGGAAUCUGAAGGUCCUGGUGGGCUGGGCGCCUCAGGAGGAGGUUUUGGGUCAUGAUGCGGUUGGUGGGUUCUUGACUCACUGCGGGUGGAAUUCGACAUUGGAGAGCAUUGUAGCUGGCGUUCCGAUGAUCUGCUGGCCGUUUUUCGCGGACCAGCAAGUGAACAGUAGAAUAGUGGGUGAGGUUUUGAAGUUGGGUUUGGAUAUGAAGGAUGUUUGUGACAGAAGGGUUGUGGAGAGGAUGGUGAAUGAACUGAUGGUGGAGAAGAAGGAAGAGUUUGGGAGGAAGGCGGUGGAGAUGGUGAGAAUGGCGAAGGAGAGUGUUAAAGAAGGUGGAUCUUCUUACAGGGAUUUGGAGCUUCUGAUUGAAGAUAUCAAGUUGAUGAGUGCUCAAGCAAAGGAGUUGAAAGGGUCCAAGAGCAUUUCGUGAUAGAAAGUUGGCUUUGGGGGGAAAUUGGACAUUGUAGAAGGCUAGAAUCAAUAUUAUGUUUCAGUGCAUCAUGCUUGCCCUAAGUUGUUCUUGGGCACCAAAAAAGCAUUCUGGAUUUUGGCUACUUUGCCUGUUAUGUCAUCCUUUCUGGUCCCCAAAAGUAUUCAGCUUUGUUAGUUUUUUUUUUUUACAAUAGGGAUGAGGAUUCAUUACAGAAAAAUGGACAACCCGAGUUUCAAUAGCAACAGAGGUCACAAGAACUUAGCCAACAGGAAGAACAAAACAAAUAGGAGAGCGAAAAAAAAUAGAGAUAAAAUGAAAAGAGGAAGAAUAAUCGAACCACAUUACUGUUACAACAAAUGAAAACCAAAAGGCAUCUCAUAAAUACAGUAACAAGACAAGAACGACAUCGGAUCUAACCAAAAGGAUAGCAACAAGUGCCAACAGCACACCACACCAAUUCACAACUGCCACAGAUCACAUCUUAAGAGUUAUGGUGAAUACGAUGUUUUAGAAAUCAUACCAAAUUUUUCACUCGGAUUGAGAAUAUCGUGUAUCAUUAUUAAAUCGGUAGGUGUUUU